UGGUGUCCAGGGGAGGCCCCCGGCGGCUGGAGCGCGACGGCAGCGGGCGCAGAGGCCGGAGGGAGAGGAGGCGAGGGGCGGCCCGAGCGCGGGGCGGGAGCGAGGCCAGCGGUCAUGUGCCCGUGCCCCCUGCACCGCGGCCGCGGCCCCCCGGCCGUUUGCGCCUGCAGCGCGGGUCGCCUGGGGCUGCGCUCAUCCGCCGCGCAGCUCACCGCCGCCCGGCUCAAGGCGCUCGGCGACGAGCUGCACCAGCGCACCAUGUGGCGGCGCCGCGCUCGGAGCCGGAGGGCGCCGGCGCCCGGCGCGCUCCCCACCUACUGGCCCUGGCUGUGCGCGGCCGCGCAGGUGGCGGCGCUGGCGGCCUGGCUGCUCGGCAGGCGGAACUUGUAGGAACGCGGGGCUUCUUGGUGGGGCCGGAGCCGAGACCCAGCCGGAGCGAGCAACAGGUUGGUGAAAACCCUGCGUCGUUGGAGAAAGCUGGUUCCCGUUUUCCAGAGGGGGAGCCCAGAGCUUGAAAGGCCACGGUUGGCACUUCGAGAAGGAAGUGGAGAGUAAAGACAGCGCCUGGAGCGAUCGUAGAAACACAGAAUGGGACUGGGGAAGCCCUUUGGAAAUCCAGCUGCAGAAACAGACACCCCAAUGCUAUUUACAUACAGCUCUCUAUAUAUAUAUAAAAAAAGAAAAUAUGAAUAUUA